AUGCCUUUGGAACAAGCACAGGUUAUUGGUAACUUUUCAAGACCUACACCCAACACUUACUCCAAUUCAUAUACUCCUGCGUGGAAAAAUCACCCUAAUUUGUCUUGGAAACAUAAUCAAGGGUUACAACCACAGUAUUCACAGUAUACACCUCAACAACUCCCUAAUCAACCUACUUAUGGACUACAUUCUAGACCUUAUUAUGAUCCAAACCCACGCCCAUCUCAUCCACCACCACAUCCUCCAAUGAAUACACCAACAACACAACCUGAACAAGGGAAUUUGCCUAGUUCCAUAGAGGAAAAUCCUAAAGAGCAGUGUAAUGCAAUAUCCUUGAGGAGUGGGACUAAGCAUGAUGGACCUACAGUGGAUGACAAGGGGAAGAAGACAAAGGAUCAACAUGUUACUAGUCCAUCACAAGAGGAGGUUACUGAAGAUCUUCCAAAGAAAAAAAAGCCAAAAUACACCGAGCCAACACCAAGGAUUCCGAAAGGCUAA